GUCUUCGAAGCAUUCGACAUGGUUAGAGUUAUCGCCCUCGUAGCCCCCUUCAUCGCUCUCGCAUGUGCUAAACCUCAUGCCCAACGUGCCAUGCGAGUGCACGAACGCCGCGAUAGCCCUCCAACCGGAUAUGCGAACAGCGGUCCUGCUCCUGCGACCGAUACGCUCGACCUCCGCUUGGCGCUCACUCAGAACAACUUUCAAGGCCUGGAAGAUGCGCUCUAUGCUGUCAGCACUCCCGGCAAUCCACGUUAUGGGCAACACUUAUCCAAGGAAGAGGUCGAGGAGCUCGUCGCGCCCUCAUCAGAUACGGUCUCGGCUAUUAAUGAGUGGCUCUCGUCAAAUGGCCUUACAUCCUCCAAGGUGUCUCCCUCGGGCGACUGGAUUGCCGUCAAUACGACAGUCGAGAAAGCCAACGAGCUCCUCGAUGCCGAUUUCUCGACAUUUACGCAACUAGACUCGGGAACGAAAGCUGUCCGUACCCUGUCAUAUUCCAUCCCUGCCUCGUUGAAGGACCACAUAAGCUUCAUCCAUCCCACUAUCGCGUUUCCAGUGAAGAGCACUAUCCCGCCUGUCACGAAACUCGCCCUGAAGACCAACCUCACAGCAUCUGUCAGGGCCAACGCAGACGACGUGCCAGCAUCUUGUGAGACACAGGUCACGCCAGCCUGUUUGCAAGCGCAGUAUGGGAUCCCCUCAGCCCCUGCAACGCAGUCGUCCAACACACUAGCAGUAUCCGGUUUUGGUGGUCAGUUCGCAAACUUGGGCGAUCUGCAGCUGUUCCUUCAACAAUUCAGACCCGACCUGUCCUCCUCAACCCAGUUCAGCGUCAUCAGUGUUGACAAUGGCCAGGACUCUCAGGAUCAAGCCCCUGGCGUCGAAGCGAGCCUUGAUAUCGAUUAUACUGUUGGUGUCGCGUCGGGCGUCCCCGUCAUUUUUGUCACCGUUGGUGACAACACCCAAGACGGCAUUGAAGGGUUUUUAGACCAGAUCAAUGCUCUCCUCAGCCUUGACUCACCGCCACAGGUAUUGACGACCUCAUUCGGUUUCGACGAAGACCAACUUCCAAUUGACCUUGCCACCAACCUGUGCAAUGCAUACGCUCAACUUGGUGCGCGCGGGGUUUCCAUCUUGUUUUCUUCUGGCGACGGUGGCGUCUCUGGUGGUCAGGAUCAAGACUGUACCACAUUCAUCCCAGACGACGCCGUCUCAGCCUACCUGCAAUCGCUCGGUGGCACCAACGCAGGUCUGUUCAACGCAAGCUCGCGCGCGUUCCCCGAUGUCGCGGGCCCCGCGGAGAACGUCAUCAUCGCAUUCGAAGGCGGAUUCGGCGCCGUCGCCGGGACGAGUUGCGCGAGCCCGAUCUUCUCGAGCGUCGUCGCGCUCAUCAACGACCAGCUCAUCGCGGCGGGGAAGAGCCCGCUCGGGUUCUUGAACCCCUUGAUCUACCAGUCUCCCAGCGCAUUCAACGACAUCACGUCCGGCAGCAAUCCUGGUUGCAACACCAACGGAUUCCCUACUGCCCCGGGAUGGGAUCCAGUAACCGGCUUUGGCUCGCCCAACUUCAACGCUCUGAAAGCAGCCGCAGGCCUCUAAACUAUGAACACUCGGGAGACGACCAAAUUUUCACGCGCGCACGCAACGGACUCUUCGGGCAUUACAUUACAUUCUCUCGGACACGGACAUCCACAGGACUUCGAUUAGACUAAGGGCAUAUCGCAAUCUUCGCCUUUCCUUUCGAGAUCAUGUUAUGACAAUUUAGCUCACCAUCGCUCUUUCACAUGUAUUUCAUCAUAAAUACAAUUGAAUGGGAAUGUUGAGUGCGACGUUCACGAAACUUCUU